UCGUUUCUACAUGGACUCGGUAGAAAACGCGUCUAAAAUUUAUUUAUUCUCUCUUACUAUGGGCUGUCUGAUUAUCAAUUGGUUUUGUUUUUUUGGGGCAGCUGAUCACGGAGAGUUGCAGAGGAAAUAAAGGGGCAAAAUUUUAGGGUUCAUAGGAUCACAUGAAUUUUUAGGUUUCAUUGAUGGGGUUGUUAUCCAGGAAAGAGCAACAACCUAGGGUUAGCACUUCACCUUGCGCACAUCUCAGAGCUGCUUAUCACGAUUGCUUCAACAGGUGGUACUCAGAGAAGUAUCUGAAAGGGCAGUGGGAUAAAGAGGAGUGUGUUUCUGAGUGGGGUAAAUACCGUGCUUGCUUAGUGAAACAUUUGGAAGAUAAACAGCUGAGCCGUUUAUUGGAAGUAGAGGCCAUUGCAUAUUCCAACAAAGAUAGAGUGAAGGACGUCGUCAACAUCGGAAUGAGACUGUUCUUAAGAGUAAAUCCUCGUUCUAGAGCAUGGAGUAGAAGAUGAUUACCCCCACCAUCUGAGACCAAAAGUUGAUGGUAGCUACUUAGGGCAACCAGGCCCUAGCCAGGAAGAGACAACAUUGGAUAUGUGAGGAUGUAUUUUUUGAUCCCUAUAGGGAUUUGUAAUUUUAGUCCUAUCUAUCGACUCUUCUCAUACCCUUUCUCUAUGCCUCUACUUCCUUCGAGGUCAUUAGGUGAUCAACAAAAGAAAAGUAUUCAUUUAUUUAAAAGUGUAGCAAGCCAAUGUGUAAUAGUUGUUACUGAAUUGCAGUAUUAGUUUGUGAUGUUUAUGAAUCAUGACUCAUCACUAACUUAUCCUGAGCUUUUCUGUGAUGCGCAGUAUGAUUGAUAUUCUAUGUCUUGAAUAAGGUAUUUACAUUGAAGGCUACAGUGUUAUGAAAUAAUGUAAGUUACUUGCUAA